AUGUCCGAGGGUAACAGCCCCAAUGUUUCCGAGGAAGAGGUGAAGAUUGAAGGUGUAGAAGGAGAUAUGGAAGUAUCUAAGGACUUUGAUACUGAAGAUAGUUUAAAGGAAGAAGAAAAAGUGGAAGAAGCUGCUGAAGACAAAAAAACUUCCAAGAAACAAGUGGAGGUGGUCGAAAAUGAGGAUGAAGAACCACAAUUGGGCUUGCUGGAAAGGCCAGUUGUCAUUGAGUCAGGCAAACGAGAGAAACGAAAAGUUGAGCGUUUGGAGAUAUCUAAUGACAAGAAAGAGCUCCAUAUUCCAGAAGGAACUGGGGAGAAACUAGGUGACUGUCCAAGAAUCGAAUACCAAUUGAACCAAGUGAAAGCUGAAGAUUUGAAAAUUAUUCAUCGAACUUUGUUUGACCGACCUGGAUCUGUGGCAGUUAUUAAAAAGAAUAUUCGAAAAUUUAAUGGUUUUGACUUUGACAAAGAUGAUAAACGGUUUGAAAAGAAAAGAGCUCAAUUAUCCAAAAACACAAUAGCUGGUCUGAAAAAGAUGUGUAAAAUCUUGGAUUUGGAAAGAGGCGGUUCCAAAGAAGAUAUUCUAAACAAACUGAUGGAUUUCUUGCUUGCACCCAAGAGUUCUGGUGAAAGUGUACCAAAACCAAAAAAGAAACGGAAAUCUGGCAGUGUUAAAGCCAAGAGCAAAGGAAAGAAAAAUAACAAAAAGAAAUCUGUUUCCAAGAAGAAGAAAUCCUCAGAUUCAUCAGAUUUAUCUGCAUCAGAAUCUGAGGAUGAGGAAGAUGAGGAGGAAGAUGAUGAUGAUGAUGACAGUAGUGAGGAAUCUGAGGAGGAAAGUGAAGAGGAGAAACCCAAAAAGAAGAAGAAACAAAAGGUAGAGAAGAAGUCAUCAAAGAAAGAAAAAAAGGCUGAAAAGAAAAAGAAGCAAACACGGAAAAAAGCUGAAAAGAAAUCAACUCCAAAAAAACGUAAAAUUUCUGAAUCUUCCUCAGACAGUUCAGAUGAUGAACCUAUCAUAAAGAAAAAGAAAUCUCCACCAUCUGAUGAUGAUAUACAUGAGGAUGUAAAAAAGAUCCUAGAAGGUGCCAAUUUGGAAGAAGUAACUAUGAAGACUGUUAUAAAACAAGUCUAUGCUAAGUAUCCAGACUUUGAUCUCACACCAAGGAAAGAAUUUAUUAAGUCAACUGUAAAACAGAUUAUAUCCUGA